GCAACGGGACGGCCUGGCGUCACUUAUGAGAAUAACAUGCUGACCUUGUUUGCUCUUCCGCUUAGAAUAAAGACGAAUUCUUAAGAAGUUGCAUUGAGAUUGCGCCUGCGCAGUGGAUUGUUGAUACAUAUUAAUCUGGUCGAGCUUGCUCUCACAACAUACAUAACCACAAAGGACAAGGCGAACGAUUAAAUACGGCCGUGCUCCGAUAACAUUACAUACCACCUACUUGCACAAAGGAACGAGGCGCAUUCUGCUGUUUUUUUGUUAAUACGAUUCGAAGCGGAGAGAUAAUAGCUCUUCACAUCACAUUAUCAUAUUCUUGCUCGUCGCCGGAUUCGACGGGGAUUCCUCAAGAGGCCUACAAUUAUCAGCCCAUUACCCAAGAUCAGAGUUGCUCGCAAACGAAGCAAAUCUCAUUAUCACAUACACACCAACAUUAUCAAACACCGCAAACAUGGAAGACCCACUAACCAUGUCCGCCGCCGACGCCUUCCACAUGCUCGACCCCGAGAUGCCCUCCUUCUCCUACCCAGACGCCUACCUAGACUACCACCAAGUCCCGGACUUCUUCAACCCCUCCUACCUCUCCGGCGCGCACACCACCACCACCAGCAGCGCCGCGGCACCCACAUCCUACCCCUCCGACGACACCACCGCACCACACAGCGCACUAACAGCGACGGCCCCGCUCGACUUCCCCAAACCCCACGACGACCUUUCUCAUUUCUUCGCUGACUCGCCGUUUUCGUCGCCGGUGCCGAAUCAGCGGUUUAUGCCUAUGAAGGGGCAGGGGCAAGGGGGCCAGCAGACGUAUUCGCCGGUUUGGGGGGUGCAGCAGGAUGGGUGGAGUAAUGGCAACGGAAAUAACAACAAUCCCAUUAGUAACAACAACAACCACCACCACCACCAAGCCCCAGCAUCCCAGCAAGCGCCCCCCCUCGCGAUCCUCACAUCGGGCUUUGAACCGGGUGAUGCCCGCACGGUCGUGCAUCAUGGGCAGGUUACCCCCGGUGACUCACCCGAGACGGCUACGAGUCCGGGGCCGGGGAAGGGGAGGGCGAGUCGGAGGGUGAGUAGGAAGGGGAAAGAAAGCAUCUCCUCGAUAGCGACGGCUACCACCACAUCCUCUCAUGACAGCGGCGGUCGCAACAGCAUGACGGAAACCUCACCCCCCGCAGAAGCACCCGCCAAAGUCAAGAAACCGCGCAAACCCCGGCGCUCCUCGAAGAAAACCACGACUGCUGAACAAGCCGCGCUCAAGCGCGAGACAUUCCUGAAGCGCAACAGGGAAGCUGCUUACAAGUGUCGCGUCAAGAAGAAGACGCAGACUGAAGAGGUGGUGGAGCGCGUUAAGGCGUUGGGAGAGGAUAAUCGCGCGAAAUCUGCGGAGGUGGAGAGGUUGAGGCGCGAGGUGGAGGGGUUGAGGGGGCUGUUGUUGCCGCAUUAUAGGGUUUGUGGGGAUGAGAGGGUGGUGGCUUAUUUGGAUGGGUUGGGGAGCGUGGGGGGGGCGUGGGGGGGUGCGAGAGGGAGCGUAGGGAGCGCGGCGCUUGCGGGUUUGAAUCUGGGGUUGAAUGAUGAUGAGAGUGUGGGUCGGGGGAUGGGGAGUCGGAGGGAGAGUGUGGGGAGUGCUAGUGGGAGUGAGGGGUACAAUGCGAAUGAGCUGGAGGAGAUGGAGGAGGAAGAAGAGGAGAGGGAGGAGGAGGUGAGGAGGAGCGAGGAUAUGGACGAUUUGUUCUCGGGGUCUGCCGGGGGGGGUUUGAUUCUGGGAUUACCCCGGUUGUGGACGAUAUGGUGGGGGGUGGGAUGGGGAUGGUGGAGGGGGGAUGGAUGGGAUGAUGGGGGAGAUGGGGGGGAUGGGGGGGAUGGGGGGAUGGGGGGGGAGAUGGAUGAGGUGCUUGGGUUGGGGAUGAGCAUGGGGAUGGGGAUGGGCAUGGUUGUUUGA